AAUCUCAACGCUUUCUGCAAGAAAUCCGUCGCUGAGGAGGGCAUCGGGGUCGAAUUCGUUCGGAUCCUGCCGGAGACUCAUCCGCCAUCGUUGACCAACGUCUUCUCGGAAUGCGCGACAAACGACGACGUGACCAUAACGUGCGAUUGCGAAGCGACGCCCGCUUUCCAAUUGAAAUGUUUCCGGCUGAAGGGAGAGAAAAUGGAGACGUCGCACUACAGAGUGAACCUGAACAGAUUCCGCGCUCGCCUCAACAUCUUCUGCGUGUCGGAGAAACUGCAGGCGGACGUCAAAUGCGACGGAUGGCCGGAAGUCAAGAUCGGUCUCGCGCCGGUGGGUAACAUCAAGAACAACCUGGACGAGACGCAGCUGCAGGAAUUGAUCACUGAGAUAAUCGCGAACGCGUUGAGGAGCACCGAGGUGCAUUUAAAUUUAGCUGCCUAUCCAUCAUGCCCGAGGCUGGUGAGGAAUGUCGACCCACCUGGCCGACCGCACGUGAUGCAUUACGAUAAUCAAACAAAUGCUUACACUUCGACGCCGAUCCGUGGUUCGGAGGGCGGCGAACGUGAGAAGAGGCUGUUGGUGAAGGUGGUGAAGGCGACGCAACUUGGGGCGACCGGUGGCUGCAAAGAGCCCUACUGCGUGGUCGAAAUGGACGAACCGUCGCAGAAGAACCAGACCCACGUGCAGAAGAACACCGAUUGCCCGGCGUGGGACGAACACUUCCUAUUCGAUGUUACAUCAAACACCGCGGAAUUGCUGUUCGAGGUGUACGAUCACGGCGUCAGCCCGCACAAAUUCUUGGGCUUGGGCAUCGUGGGAGUCGAAGAACUGCUGAUCAAUCCGUCUCAGAGACAGAUCAUAUCGUUGCAGAGUCGACCCUACGAGAGCGAUCAGAUCAGCGGAACUUUAACAGUGGAGUUCAUGUUCAUCGAAGGCGCCGACAUGCCCAACCUCACCGACGGACAUCAACCUUACAAGAUCAAAGAAACGUUGAAGAGUGGAAAUCUGUCCCCCACGACUGCCAUCCACAACGAGUCUCUGAUGAAUGGUAACCACGCAAUGGGCGUAGCUAGCAGAUCACCUGCCAUGAACAAAAACACGUUAAUCGUCCACAGCGUUCAAAGACAACCAUCCCAAAGGCUAGUCAAGGUUGAGCUGAGCGAGGGCACCUGGAAAGAGAUCGAGCGUUUGGAAAAGCCUUGCGUCGACGAUGAGGAGGAGCAGGUGGAAUCGGUGCGCGACGCAGAGAAAACCGAAUCCCAUCCGGAAACGGAAGCGGAAAAGCAAACGACAGUUGUAAGCGAGACGACCAACGGAAAUGGUAUUAGCGUUGGCGAAAACGGUGAUGAGACACCACCAGCGCCAGCGGUGAACGGAGGAGCCCAGCCGGCUGACGGUGAUCACAGCGGCGGUAACACUCUUCAGCCGCAGCUGACUGGGGAGAUUCCGGAUUACCGGGGUCGCGCCAGAAAGAGGAGAGACUUCUUCGGGACGAUCAAGAGACGUCUGGGGCGGUCGAAGGGAAGGUCGAAGUCCGCAGGACCCGGCGAGGAUCUGAACGGAAGGGAUGACUCGUUGAACAGAUCCAUCUCGGCCGAUCGAUCCAGAACGGAGGACAAUUACAGAUUGGGUUUGCCGGGGAGGAACGAUUUGGAGAACUCUCGAAGGUCCAGCAUCAGCGAGGCUUCGGGGAUGAGCAGCGCGUCGACGAGGACGUACAUCAACGAAGCCAGUACUCUGGUGCUGGAGACGCUCGAGAACGGAAUCAAGAAGCACUAUUUGGUGCCGCUGUCUCUCGCGCAAAAGUCCAAGUGGAGGAAAAAGGGCACGAAGCUGCACAUAUUCAAUGACCACACGUUCAUCGCGAAACAUUUAGUCGGAGGAACUGUGUGUCAGGUUUGCGCAAAGAGCUUGGCCAGAAGGCUGGGAAAGCAGGGCUACGAAUGCCGCGAUUGCCUUCUGAAAUGCCACAAACACUGCCACGUCAAGGUGAACGACAACUGCCCGACGUCGACGAUCCACAACAUAGAGUUGUCCUACAUCCAGAAUCCGUACACCGAUAAGAAUCUAAGGAUACUAUAAGACGACAGAUAUUGAUUGGCUAAGCAAACACACAGCACUUACACAGCUGCAGCUACUUUAAGGUAGGACGGAGGAACGAGAUGAAGAUUUGAAACGCUGAUAUAACCAUUUCGAGUGAGGUACACUUAAUUAAUAAAGAAAGAAGCGCUAAUUAAUUUAACAAAACAAAAAAAAUUAUAUUAUAUACUAUAAAUGUACACAAUUUAUUAAAACUUCGAGGAUUUAGUUAAGUUUAAGUUACGAUAUAUUUUAUUUUACACAUGAUACACAAUCAAA